AUGCAAAUUAUACAAGAUAUAUACGUUAUUCCUCUACAAAUAAUAUUUCAACUAGCAUUUCUUUCAUAUAUAGUGCAGGGAAUAUUUCAAGAACAUGAAUUUAGACAAUUUGAGUCAAAUUUAGAAUAUAACAACGGAGCAGUGCUCAGAAUAAAUCCAGAAGGAGCACUGAAUUUAUUGCGCGGGCAUAUAUUUAAGCUAAGAGGAUUUAUGCACAACAAGCGAAGUAUGGAUUUUCACGUAUAUAUUAGAUAUACAUUGAAUGCAAUCGAAAAUAAGAAAGAGUUUAUUUGUUCUUCUACAAUUCUUUCAUUUCAUAGAUUUGAAUUUGGAGAUUCUUUUUAUAUGGAAGAAAAAAAAUAUAUAUCCAGAAUUCCCCAGAAUGACCAUAGUAAAAGUUAUUUUACUUCAUUAAUUAGAAUGUUUUCAUCUAUACUAUAUGAUAAUGCUUCUAUAAAAACAAAAGGGCCUGAUAUUUCAUUCACUGGAUUCCUUCAAGAGAAAACUGUAGAGCCAUUUUCAUAUGACAUAUUAGCAUCGCUUCUUCUUUUAUCUGAAGGAAUGCCACUUCCCAUAUGCAUAGAAGGAGAUCCAAGCAGCAAAAAUCAGAAAAGAAUAGUUCUAAAGAAAAAAAACAUGCAAGAUGAAUACUUCUCUGUUAGCUUGGAUAUAUCUGGUAGCAAUGGAGAGAAUCUAUCCAAUGCAUAUUAUACUAUAAUUAGUGAUGUGUUUGAUGUAUUUACUACUAAGUGCAAAAAAAAUAAUUGUGUAUACCAUGCAUCUUUAGACUCUUUAAUUAACAGUAUGCAGAGCUUUGAAGAAGGAGUAUUUUUGGAUAAUGUUGGGUUUUUAAUACAAUCGUAUCUCUAUGAGUACUUAAGCGCAGACACAGCAAUUCGGUUUUUUAAUGCAGUGUACAACAUAAUAAGUGAAUAUCUCCCAGAAAAAGGUAUUUCUAUUCUUAGCAUACAGGAGACUGUGUAUAAGAGAAUAUUUGAAAGACUUUUUAUUUCUAAAGAAUGUGCAAGUGAUACCAGUUCAUUUUCUUAUUCUAAAUUAUUUGAGAACAUAAAUCUUACUUCAAGUAAUUAUAACUCUCACAUACCAUAUACUAUAGAGAAUGAGACAGAGAUAAACAUAUACAAUGGACAUAGUCCAGUAAUAUACUGGAAAAGCCAUUUUAAAAAGCUAUGCCCUUUCAGCAACAUCAAUGCUAUAUCCUAUAACUUACUUAGUCUAUUCUGCUUCUUAAUGUAUGACCCUGAUAAAGAUGUGUAUACCACUAACCACAUAGCUUCAAAAACCAGCGAUAUUUUCAAUUUCUUUUCUAAUAACUAUAUGCCAGAAUAUCUAUCCGAACUUGAAACAAAAAAUGAAUGGAUGCAGAUUAUUUCUAAUGUAUUUAAUGAGUGGAGUACGCUAAGCUGUAUACAACCUCCAUUAAAUAUUUUAAAUAUCCUAUAUAUCAUUUCUAUUCUAACAGAAAAUUACUCAAGUGAAAGGCAUAUUUUAGAUAACUUUAUGCAUGACCUACAUAAUCCACUGAUAAGUGCCAAAGAUAUUUAUACUCGCAUAGAAAAGUAUACAGCCAAAAAAAUUAUUAGUCUUUGCCCGCCGUGGAAUAAAGUGAAUGUGCGCAUAGAGUGGAUGGAAAAGUGUAAAGAAACAAAUGAUAAGUUCAAUCUUUUCGGGUCUAUAUAUAUAGAGUGCGUUAAAGGCAAUGAUAGUGCUAAUACUGGCAUUAAAGACAAAAAAUCGUCCUAUUCAAUUAAUACACAAACAGAGACAAACUCUGUUUGGAUAUAUACUAUGCCACUGUAUAAUCAGCCAGAAAAAAAUCUAUGCAUAAGUACCUUUUUAAAUCUAAAGAUUCAAUGCAUUGACAAUAACGACUCGUUUAUAAAAUAUCUUCUUCUAUACUACCUUGAUGUAGAAGUCAGAAAGCUAUAUGAGAUAAAUACAGUUAAUUCUCUGGCAAAGCAUGAGAUUAACAAAUUUAUGCAAAAAAAAGUACUACACUUAAAUAGGCUAUUCCUAUUAGAUAAAAUCCAUGAUAAUACAUAUAAAUGCAAUUUAAUCACAUAUAUUUUUAUGCACUGCAUAGACAGUAAGAUUCCUAGAACCCACAUAAUAUUUAGAUUUGUACUUAAUAUUCUAGGCAGCUGUUCUAAAGAAAAGCUAAAUAUUGUGCAUAAAAUGCUUGCAGGGCUAAUAUUCUAUGAUGGAGUAAACAUAUUCAGUAGACAUAAUAAUAAAACUCUACUGUCUAUGUAUAUACCAGAGCACAAGAAUACACCCUUUAAAAAUACUGCUUUUAAUGUUUUAUCAAAUGAAUCGCUGAGAGCAUCUAUAUUAAAUUAUGCGAUGAGUCGAUCCCCUAAAACACUCCUGCACUGUUUUAAAGUUAUAGUGUGUGCAUAUUCUGAUUCAAAAGUUCCUUUUAACGUAUACAAAUUAUUUCAUAAAAAAGAAGUGUUUGAUUUUCUCACUCCGGGUGGAACCACUGAAUACAUUAAAUUGUUUAGAACAAUCAGUAAAUCUUUAAAUUCGAAAGAAACCGCUGCUUUAAACCGAACUUACUUUCACUGGUUUAUUCUCGCAUGUGAGAUGAACACGCAAGCAAACAAUCUUAUUAUAAUAACAUACAAAUUUAUUAAAGGCCUAAACAAGCACGAUUUCUUAGAAAAAGAACAUUCUGAAAGGUACAAAAAGGCACUAACUGUUCUAAGCAAAAUUAAAAAUAAUAAUAAGAUCACUACAAGCAGUGGAAGCCACAAAACUCCGGUUAAUACGUCUAAAAAAUCUAAUUUUGUUUAUUAUUCAAUUGAGUGA